CUGCCUGGGUCAUGCCAGCCUCACCAGACCCCCGGGCCUUCUGCGCCCUGCUCGUCCCCUGUCGGAGGACGCCAGGCCCGCGGGCCGAGGAGAACUUCGCGACCAAAACCCCACCCACCUUUCUGCCCGCCCUCAGCCACCGUCGGAAUAACCUCACUUCCGUCCCGCGUGUCUCCGCCCCCUCGCCGCCGUCGCUCACCGCUCCUGCCGGAAGUCGAGAGAGCCCGAGGCGGAAGGGGCGGGGUCUUGGAGGGGUGUGGUUAGCAUGGAGCCGGGACCACAGCUGUCCGGGGCGGGACCGGAAGUUUUCCCGGGGACUGCGCCACGUCCGUAGCGGCCGGGAUCGAGUGGGUGACGGAUCUGCGGAACCGGAGCAGGGCACGAUGGCGGACUGGACUCGGGGUGAGCGCGGGAAUGCGGAGCCGAUGGAGCUGGGUCGGCCCGAGAUGGAGGACGCGUCUCGCAGGAGCCCUCAGAGCCCCGGUGCCGUGGAGGAGAUUCUAGACCGGGAGAACAAACGGAUGGCUGACAACCUAGCUUCUAAGGUCACCAGGCUCAAAUCGCUGGCUCUGGACAUCGACAGAGAUGCCGAAGACCAAAACCGGUACCUGGAUGGCAUGGACUCUGAUUUCACGAGCAUGACCAACCUGCUCACAGGGAGUGUGAAGCGCUUUUCUACAAUGGCAAGGUCUGGGCGCGACAACCGGAAGCUUCUGUGUGGAAUGGCUGUGAGCCUGAUUGUGGCCUUCUUCAUCCUCUCCUACUUCCUGUCGAGGUCAAGGACGUGAGCCAGUGGAGCUGGCCUGAGUGGGUGCCAAGGGCAACCAGGGUCUUCCCCCGCCUGGCACCCUUGCCCCAGAGGACUUACCUACAGAGUACUUCGAAAUCA